AUGGAAGAUGUGAAGAGGCGCAGGACUGGUAUUAUUGCUGCAUUCCUGAAUUGUAUGGAGUUGAAGUAUGGUUCUGAGGUUGAGAGUACUGUGGGCGCACCCAACACCUUGCUUGAAGGUUCGUCUGGUACAAUUACGGAAGUCUUUCAACAGCUGGACCUGGAGGAUAAUAUGGAAGAAGCAAGUGCGAGGAUUUCGGUUCAGACAACACUUUAUGAGUUUUCUUCAGCCAGGUUACGCUUUGACAAGAACCAGCACCACCAGGUCCAUGUCGAUCACAGAGAGCAAGUCCUGAUCGCCCUGUUCAAUGAGUCUUUGCUGCUCAAUUGCCAAGCUGGUGGCGCCUGUGACAGUCAUCUCUCGCAUCAUGAGGAUCAAAAUCUGUUCCUCCAACCUAGGACUACCUUCUCCGCUCAACCUCCUCAACUUGCCCAAGACAGAAGCACAUUCCUCUUCUCAUGGGUCAAUACCCGGGGAGAAGGUGUGGCCUAUGCCAUGUCAUCCACUGGGUCAUGCGCAGUUGCGAGGUUUGCCCCAGCAGGGUCUUCGAAUUUGAACGAUAGUUGGAUGGAAGACCAGGAGAAGCGGGAGUUGGCCUGCAAAGAGGCUGACAGACAGAUGCGGGCUCAGCUUCCUGUGAAUCAUUUCGGGCCGGAGAAGCAAAGGAACAGGAGAUCAGGCGAGGAGGCCAAGUACCAGGAAACCUGUGCAUUCAAUGGGAUGGAGACAGCAGUGAGUGCCCGAGUCUACGGCAUAGCUAUACCCCAAACUCCUCAGGAUUCGCGGUUUUUGUACUUUACGAAGGACAGUGUUGUUAUCAGAGAGGCCAAGGGUCAGUCAUUGUUACCACAAAAUCACAAGCACAAGGUCUAUUUUCCUUACGAGAGGCUCACUGGUGACUUUCGCAUUUUGUGGGAUGAAGUGAUGUUCAAUGGAGCUACAUCAGCAAACACAGCUCAGCCUCAAAAGCAAUAUGGUUUCAUGGGUGCAAAGAUGGGUCCAGACCCAGAUGCUCCCAGCGCCGCCUCGAGCGAGUGGCACCGCCGGGUUCAUUCCACCUGUGCUCAAGCGACAGCGACAACCCCCCCCCCUAACCCCAUCAUACCCCGCGGUCAGGAGUUACCCAAAGCAGGACAAAAGAAUCUGGACAAAUACAGGGAUCCCCCUAAGCAUGGUGAUGCACUUUGGCUGCUCAAUCAAUGGUUGAAUUACGGGUACCCUGAAGGUGGGGCGGUCUUUACUGCCCACUAUGAGAGGUGGAAGUCAGACAAUGGCAAUAGGAAAUCAAUGGGUUGCAAUCUUUGGCACCAACUAGCGACGUACUUGAAGACCCGGCACCUCAACCAUCCUUACCGAGAAGACUACCUCCGAAUGUGUGGUAUCCACUACACAGAUCCAGUUGAGUAUUUAAAAAAGCAUCCUCACACAACUGAUAUCAGAAGAGUGCGAACAAGCAUUGAUAUCUGCCAGGGGAUUGACGAGAACAAAAGCGGUCCGAGGAGCUGUCCAGGAAGCAGAUACGAGGGCCGACUGUGGCACUUUGGUCCGAAAACGAGCGGGUGGUAA